UACAAAUAGCAAUAGUUUUUCUUAUUAUUGUUAUCAGUUUUUAUAUGCAUAAAUGCAUUAAAAGGAAAUAUUAUAUAACGAAACCUGUUAUUACACCAUCUGAAAAGUCCGAAAAGAAACACUUCUUUAAUAAAUAUACAUUGAAUCAAACAAUUGUUGAUUCAAUGAGUCAUAAAAAAAUAUUGUUACAAUUACACGAAGCAGCCGAUAAAUGCUAUAUGAAAGCAUAUGCACUUAGGUGCAUUUAUUUAAUCAGUUAUUGUCCGCAUUUAAUUAAUAUUCCACAUGGACCUAAGGGAUAUACACCAUUUCACAAAGUGUGCUUUCAUGGAAAUACUUGUCUGAUUGAAUAUAUGCUUGCGAAAGGUGCUAAUCCUUUUCUUACAACUUAUACCGGUGAAAAUGCUAUUUGUAUGGCAUUACACUUUUUCCUUAAUAAUCCUAACAAUAAUGAUUUUACUUGCUUAAAUAUUCUUUGUGAAAUAGGUUGUUAUUUAGAUAUGUCAAAUAUACACUAUGAUAUUUUUAUGAAUGCAGCCUUAAAUAAUCAUAACAAACUUUUAGCAAAAUGGAUUUUAUUGAAUAGUAGAACAAUGAAAAUUUCAAGAAGUUAUUCAAAUCUAUAAAAUUUCAUAUACUGUAAUU